CCUCCUACCUUUCUUCCUUCCGCUUUCUCUUUCGGUUUCUCCAUUGCCUGACUGUGAAACAGUUGGGAAGCAGACAAGCUUGAUGCAUAAGCUGCAUAUAUGUGGGUUUCAGAUCCAUUGAGUGUUUGGAAAGAAGGAAGUCGGUCUUAGAAGAACUCAUCCGGUUCUGAGUUGGUAGUUAAGACCAAGUAAAGCUCUGCCAAUCAACACGUAAUGGAAGAAAUUGCAGGGUUUCGCGAAACAAAUAUGGAAAAGGAAGAAUUUUUUAUGAAGUACUUCAAUUCUGAUAGCGGCACUAAUGAGCACGGCUCCCCCAGGACGGUUGUAGGAGGCUCUGCCUUGGUGCUUUACUCAGACGACAGCAGAAGUACCAGUAGCAGUAGCAGCAGAGGAAGCGCCGCCUCUGUAGAGAAGCCUACCAGCUCAGAGCGAUCACAAUGGAGGACUCUGUUCCAUAUGUGGAAAACCAAGUCCAUGAGAAGGCUCGCGACAUUCCCGCCGGUGGGAUACCCUCCCUUCAGAAGGAAGAACCCUCGCCGGAUUGUGGCUCGCCGGUGCCCAUCGGAGGAAGAUGAUGCAGGCGCUCUUGGAGCGUUCUCCAUCUCGAAGCCAUCAUGGAGGAGCUUUGACUAUGACGAACUUGCUUCUGCUACCGAUAACUUCAGCACUGAGAGGCUGCUCGGAAAGGGCGGACAUGCAGAGGUGUACAGGGGAUGCCUGGCUGAUGGGCAGCUUGUGGCGAUCAAGAGAUUGACAAAGGGGAGCUCAGAGGAGGAGAGAGUUGGGGAUUUCUUAUCUGAACUAGGGAUCAUUGCACAUAUAGACCACCCAAAUGCUGCUCGCUUAAUUGGGUUUGGAAUUGAAGGAGGUCUUCAUCUGGUUCUGCAGUUCUCCCCUCAUGGCAGCUUAGCAUCCAUGCUUCAAGGAUCAAAGCGAAAAAUGGAGUGGGGAAUCAGGUACAAGAUUGCGUUGGGGAUUGCAGAAGGACUGACAUACCUGCAUGAGGGAUGCCAACGGCGUAUAAUCCACAGGGACAUCAAAGCAUCUAAUAUCUUGCUAACAGAGGAUUACCAGCCCCAGAUAUCAGAUUUCGGGCUAGCAAAAUGGCUACCGGAGAACUGGACACACCACGUGGUGUCGCCCAUCGAGGGCACCUUUGGGUACAUGUCACCCGAGUACUUCAUGCACGGGAUUGUGGAUGAGAAGAUUGAUGUGUUUGCCUUUGGGGUCUUGCUUUUGGAGCUCAUCACCGGGAGACGUGCUGUAGAUUCAUGCAGGCAGAGCCUUCUCAUGUGGGCCAAACCUCUGCUUGGUAGCAAGAAUGUGAGAGAAUUGGCGGACCCGAGCCUCGGGACCGACUAUGAUCGGCAGGAAAUGGAGUGGGCUGUGUCGACCGCGUCUAUGUGCGUUCACUACUUGGCCGCGUCAAGGCCACGAAUGAGUCAGGUCGCGAGUCUGCUGAGAGGGGAGAGAAGCGGCGCGAGCGCGGAGCCGAUGGGGAAAGGAGCGCAGCGCAAGCCAAGCAGCGGCCGGACGCUCUUGCUGAACGCCUCGGACGUGGACGAAUACUCUUCCUCGAGAUACCUCAAUGAUCUCAAUCGCUACGAGCAACUCGCUUUGGAAUUCUAGGGUUUUCACAUCUUCUCUUUUCUUCAUUUUUCCUUUUUUCUUUCUUGUAUUGAGAAUUGUGGUUUCCUGAAAGUCCACGGUUUAUAAAUGUAAAGGAAAAGUAAGGUGCCUCAGAAUUCUUGAAAAGGCAUUUGAGGGUUU